AUGAAAGAGGCAUUCGUUAGCAAGAACCUUGGUGUGUCGAUCAAGGACACCGACAUUCCUAUUCCUAAAGCGGGCCAGGUGCUUAUUUGCGUUGUCGUGUCCGGAACCAACCCCAAGGACUGGAAGAUGCCCCCGCAUUGGCCUGUCGAUGGAACACCUUUUAAUCAAGGGGAUGAUAUUGCCGGGUACAUCGAAGCAGUCGGAGAUGAUGUCGCUGGAUUUCGCAAAGGAGACAAGGUAGCCGCAUUUCAUCAAGUGAUGACGCCUCAUGGAAGCUGGGCCGAAUAUGCGAUCGCGCCUGCCUACUCAACCUUCCAUGUUCCUUCAAAGACAAGCUUCGAGGGUCAGUAUAUCCCAGCAUUCUUCCUUGGUCAAAAUCGUUGUCUGAUAGCCUCGGUAGAAGCGGCCACCAUUCCGCUUGCCGCUAUGACGGCUGCAAUCGGUCUGUAUCAGCGGUUGAAACUGCCUUUGCCAUGGAACCCGACACACGAGCCCCUGCCUCUUGUGGUAUAUGGUGGAGCGACUGCAGUUGGAGCUUUCGCGAUCAAGUUUGCUCAACUUUCCAACAUCCACCCGUUGAUCGUGGUCGCAGGCCGAGGCGGUUCUUUCGUGGAGACGAUCAUCGACCCUGCGAAAGGUGACAGAAUCAUCGACUAUCGUGAGGGUGAUGAAGCCAUCCGUUCAAGUCUCAAGGCUGCUGCAGGCGGUCGCUCGAUUUACUUCGCCUUUGAUGCAGUUUCGGAAAAAGGAAGUUUCCAGAAUAUCGGCGAAAGCAUGACUGCGCCAGGUCAAAUCGCCGCUAUGCUCCCCAAUGGAGAAUAUCAGCCUCAAGGGAUCUCCAUCACCCAAGUUAUAGUUGGGUUCCUUCAUCAACCUCCCGCCCCGGGAAAGGCAAUCGAGGAUCGCGAGUUUGCUGCUGCUUUCUAUCAACUCAUUGGCCGCGGCCUGGCACAAGGGUGGUUCUCUGGACACCCGUACGAAGUGCGGCGAGGUGGGUUAGCUGGAAUCGAGGAAGCAUUGCAAGAUCUCAAAGGUGGCAAAGCGUCCGCUGUCAAAUACGUAGUGCGUCUUAGUGAGACUGAGGGAGUCUCACGGUGA